UAAAAAUAUUGCAGACGAUUCCAUUUAGAUCUACCAUUUAUCAGCUGUCUUGGGGUCAGAAAAGAAACUUGGUGGACGGUUGACCCAAUCCUUGUAAUACCUUCAUAAAUGUCAUCGAGUAAAAACCAGAAUGGAGAGAAUACAUAUAAGAACGUCAAUUUCAGACCGGCUUUUCAGAGGCAUCCAAAGAAAAAUGCUUUAAAACGACAUUUAGAUCAAAGUUAUGAGACUGACAACGUUAAAACAGAAAAUGUGAUUGUGCAACCAGCGCAGCCUGAAAAUCAUUCAGCAAAGCGAUUGAAGAGUGAUUGGGACUUGCUGUUUUUCAAUCACGAAAGAAAUGCGUUAAAUAUUUUUCGCGUUCCUAUGCAGGAGACACCACCAGUGCCCAAAACCUUUGAAACUGGACAUACCAAUGGGUUUUCCAAGAUUAAAAAGAGGAAAAGUUUUCUUGUCACAGGAAAAGAAAUGAAAAGUUUUUUUCAUCUUCUCGAAGAUGAUGUUAUUAAAGACUUUCUUCACAGAGACAAAUGCCUGAAGAUAACAGACAAGUACCUUAUAGCAAUGGUGUUUGCAUAUUUCAAGAGGGCUGAGUUCAAAAUCAGAGAAUAUACAAGAAUGAACUUUUUUGUGGCUCUGUACUUGGCCAAUGAUAUGGAGGAGGAUGAGGAAGAACUCAAGUAUGAGAUAUUCCCUUGGGCUCUCGGUGACAACUGGAGGGACAGAUUCCCAAAAUUUCUCCUUAAACGAGACAGGCUAUGGGCUCGAAUAGAUCAUAGAGCAGUUGUUAGUAGAUGCUGUGCCGAUCAGAUCAUGGCUAUUGAACCAGAUCAUCUAAUGUGGAGCAGAGGCAGACCGGAACAUCAUGCUGGAGCCCAGCGCAGCUAUCUUAAGCAUGAAGAUGAGGAUGGUUUCCCCCAUGGCCCUAGUUCAUCUCCCCGUCCUUGCCUUGAAUGCGAUACUGAUAGCCAGUAUGACUCUGCAAGUCCACACAGUGUGUCUUGGUAUGUUUCAUCAGGGCAGUCAACGCCAGACAAUGGAGAGGAAUUCAUUGAAAAGCCAGGAAAAACACAGUCUACAUUUGAUAUGAAAGGACUGAAGAGAAUACUGACAGAUGAUUGGCCAGUACCCGAGGAGUAGUUGAAGAAGGAAACAAAAAAGGCAUAAUUCCAUAGAAAAUAUCAUUUUGAUUGUAAUCAAAUGACUUGUAAUAUUUAUUUGUUAAGAAAUUGUUUGGUCUGGUUGACAAAAUAGUUUUAAGAAUUAACUGUACAAUUAAGUUAUUUUUGUGUUGACUCAUGUGCAGCCUAAUGCAGUGGAAUAAAAUAUUCUUUAGCCGAAAUGUUAAUCAUAAUCAACAUUUAUUUGUUAAGUUUUAAGGUAUGCAUACAAAAUGUCAAUCAGACUCAAGGCUGAGAUUAUAACUGUAGUCAUGAUGCAUACACUUGUCAAUCAGGUUCUUGGCUGAUCUUUUAACUGUAGUCAUAAUGCAUACAAUUGUCAAUCAGUCUCUAGGCUGAGAUUACAACUGUAGUCAUGGUUCUUACAAUUGUCAUUCAGACUCUUGGCUGAUAUAACUGUAGUCAUGAUGCAUACAAUUGUCAUAUAUAUAGAGAUCACUGACAGAUGAUUGGCCAGUACGCGAGGAGUAGUUGAAGAGGGAAACAAAAAAGGCAAGAAAAUAUCAUUUUGAUUGUAAUCAAAUGACUUGUAAUAUUUAUUUGUUAAGAAAUUGUUUGGUCUGGUUGACAAAAUAGUUUUAAGAAUUAACUGUACAAUUAAGUUAUUUUUGUGUUUACUAAUGUUCAGCCUAAUGCAGUGGAAUAAAAUAUUCUUUAGCGGAAAUGUAAAUCAUAAUCAACAUUUAUUUGCUAAGUUUUAAGGUAUGCAUACAAAAUGUCAAUAAUGCUCUAGGCUGAGAUUAUAAUUGUAGUCAUGGUUCUUACAAUUGUCAUUCAGACUCUUGGCUGAUAUUAUAACUGUAGUCAUGAUGCAUACAAUUGUCAAUCAGGCUCUUGGCUGAUAUUAUAACUGUAGGCAUGAUGCAUACAAUUGUCAUUCAGGCUCUUGGCUGAUAUUAUAACUGUAGUCAUGAUGCAUACACUUGUCAAUCAGGCUCUUGGCUGAUAUUAUAACUGUAGGCAUGAUGCAUACAAUUGUCAUUCAGACUCUUGGCUGAUAUUAAAACUGUAGUCAUGAUUCAUACAAUUGACAUUCACGCUCUUGCCUGAUAUUUUAACUGUAGGCAUGAUGCAUACAAUUGUCAUUCAGACUCUUGGCUGAUAUUUUAAUUGUAGUCAUUUUAAUUGUAGUCAUGAUGCAUACAAUUGUCAAUCAGGCUCUUGGCUGAGAUUAUAACUGUAGUCAUGAUGCAUACAAUUGUCACUCAGACGAUUUGCUGAGAUGAUAACUGUAGUCAUGAUGCAUACAAUUGUCAUUCAGACUCUUGGCUGAUAUUUUAACUGUAGUCAUGACGCAUACAAUUGUCAUUCAGACGAUUUGCUGAGAUUAUAACUGUAGGCAUGAUGCAUACAAUUGUCAAUCAGGCUCUUGGCUGAGAUUAAAACUGUAGUCAUGAUGCAUACAAUUGUCAUUCAGGCUUUUGUCUGAGAUUAUAACUGUAGUCAUGAUGCAUACAAUUGUCAUUCAGACAAUUUGCCUCGAUUAAAACUGUAGUCAUAAUGCAUACAAUUGUCAUUCAGGCUCUUGGCUGAGAUUAUAACUGUAGACAUGAUGCAUACAAUUGUCAAUCCGGCUCUUGGCUGAGAUUAAAACUGUAGUCAUGAUGCAUACAAUUGUCAUUCAGACACUUGGCUGAGAUUAUAACUGUAGUCAUGAUGCAUACAAUUGUCAUUCAGAUGUUUUGCUGAGAUUAUAACUGUAGUCAUGAUGCAUACAAUUGUCAUUCAGAUGUUUUGCUGAGAUUAUAACUGUAGUCAUGAUGCAUACAAUUGUCAUUCAGAUGUUUUGCUGAGAUUAUAACUGUAGUCAUGAUGCAUACAAUUGUCAUUCAGAUGUUUUGCUGAGAUUAUAACUGUAGUCAUGAUGCAUACAAUUGUCAUUCAGAUGUUUUGCUGAGAUUAUAACUGUAGUCAUGAUUUAUUUCCCUUGAUAAUACUGUUGUCAUGUUUAA